UAUAUCAUCGUGUUAGUGGGUGGCUUCGAUUGGCAUCUGAUGAAACUUUUCGCGACCUUAAAAGCUCGAUGCAUACAUGUUUUCCUGAUUCCCGCAUCUGUAUCCUACGACAUCUUUCAGGCCUAUCGCAACUAUAAUGGAUGACGUGGGUCCCAAAACCAGUUUCCCGGCAAGCAUCUUCUAUGUCAUGCUCUUCGACAUUUUGCAAGGACUGCUCUUCUCGCUUCUACUGCUUGUCCUGUUAACAGCACAAUUUUCUUCCGCUGUAAAACGCUCGAAAACCUGGUUUGUCUUCAUCGGGAGCAUUGUGGGGUGGUGUGCCUCGUAUCUUCUUCUCUUCGGACACCAAAUCGGCGAUGGUCCACCCGUCGGUCUCUGUGCAUUCCAAGCAGCUGUCAUCUAUUCUACCAAUCCAUUUGGCCCUAGUGCCGCCCUUGCACUGGAAUUAGAGCUGUUCAUCAACUUGAAAGCUCUCGUGAACCAAACUGGCGGACUGGGUGUAAAAGGGGUGUGGGGGCUCGUCUUGUUCCCUCUCUUGGUUUACUGUAUAAUGCUCGCUUGGGUGAUUACUGUUGGCCUAUCGCACCCGAAUCUACUGGAACGCGAGCCUGCUCAUAUGUUCUGCCAUAUCAGAAGUCCUACCGACUCGGAGGGAAUUAGUUUGGCCCAACCGUCUGUCGUAAGCGCCGCGCUGGCAAUGCUGCACAAGAGGAAAGUGGGAGCAUCUCAGAGCACGAGCACAGCGUCGCUAUUGUCCACGUCAGAUCUCAUUCGGAGAAACUCGUUUGUGACAGCGCUUACAGUGUUCGGCGUAGUCAUGGCCAUAACGUCGUAUUCACAGCUCUCGGAGGCCAACCCCGUAUGGAAUCUAGCGUUGGCUGGAGUACCGAUAGUUACUUUCUUUCUUUUUGGGACUCAUAUGGACUUCAUCAGAGUCUGGUUUUGCUUGAGCGCUUCGUCAAACCGGACUACCGCUCAACUGCCUGCACGGGAGCCCGCAAUCCCUCUUUUUCGCAUUCACUCACAAGAAAUCCUUGCAGACCGGUCUCAUUAGGGAGCUGAUGUGAAGGAAUGCAAUCUUUUUGUUAUUUUGGGGGGUCUUCUAUCUGGCUCGGCGUCGGCGAGACGUACGAAAUUGAUUGCCACGGACAGCAGCCACUGCCCCCACCUAUACAUAUGAUCUACAAGCAAAUCCUUGAGAAUCGUGCUUGACAUGUUGUUACCGUGACAUUCAACUUCCAUGUUUGGUUUUUUUUUUUUCUAAAUCUCGUCAACUGGCUUGAACCACAUUUGAAGAUCGUGAAAGCUACUGCUAAGAAGGGCACAGGGAUGAAGUUGAUCUAUCA